AUGCAGCUGCGGCACGUGCGGACCCUGCUGGCCCCGCAGGACGGCACCGCGCGUGUGACCUGCAUGGCCUGGUCGGCCAACAGCGGUCGCUUCGCCGUGUGCACCGCGGAGCGUGUGGUGCUGCUGUACGACGAGCACGGUGAGCGGCGUGACAAGUUCUCCACCAAACCUGCCGAUGCCAAGUAUGGCAGGAAGAGCUACGUGGUGAAAGGCAUGGCGUUCUCCCCGGACUCCACCAAAAUUGCCAUUGGCCAAACAGACAACAUUGUCUACGUCUACAGGAUCGGAGAAGAGUGGGGUGACAAGAAGGUGAUAUGCAACAAGUUCAUCCAAAUGAGUGCUGUGACCUGCUUAUUGUGGCCAGCGGAGAAUACCAUUGUCUUUGGUCUUGCUGAAGGAAAGGUUCGUUUAGCAAAUACGAAGAACAACAAGUCUUCCACCAUUUAUGGGACAGAUUCCUAUGUGGUCUCGCUAGCUUCCAAUGUUUCAGGGAAGGGAAUCCUGUCUGGCCAUGCAGAUGGAACCAUAGUACGCUUCUUCUUUGAUGACGAGGGCUCAGGUGAAUCACAGGGUAAGCUGGUGAUGCAUCCUUGUCCUCCUUAUGCCCUUGCCUGGGCUUUGAACAGCAUUGUGGCUGCAGGAUGUGAUAAGAAGAUUGUGGCUUAUGGGAAGGAGGGCAACGUGAUUCAAACCUUUGACUAUAGCCGAGACUCCUCGGAGAAGGAAUUCACCACAGCAGCUGCCAGUCCUGGUGGCCAGGCUGUUGUCAUUGGAAGCUAUGAUAGGCUGAGGGUUCUGAACUGGAGCCCACGUCGUGGUGCCUGGGAGGAAGCCAAACCCAAAGAAAUACCUCACCUCUACACCAUCACAUCUCUAGCAUGGAAGAGGGAUGGUUCAAGGAUAUGUGCGGGCACUCUGUGUGGAGGUGUUGAGCAGUUUGACUGCUGCCUACGUAGAAGCAUUUACAAAAAUAAAUUUGAAAUGACGUAUGUGGGUCCAAGCCAGGUCAUUGUGAAAAACCUCUCAACGGGAACUCGUGUUGUAUUGAAAUCCCACUAUGGUUAUGAGAUUGAUGAGGUGAAGAUCUUAGGGAAAGACAGAUAUCUGGUGGCCCAUACAUCGGACACAUUACUACUGGGUGACAUCAACUCCAACAAGCUCAGUGAGGUAGCCUGGCAAGGAUCUGGAGGGAAUGAGAAGUUCUUCUUCGACAAUGAGAACGUCUGCAUGAUCUUUAAUGCAGGGGAGCUGACACUGGUAGAAUAUGGAAGCAAUGACAUCUUAGGGUCUGUCCGCACGGAGUUUGUGAAUCCUCAUCUGGUCAGUGUUCGUAUCAAUGAGAGACAACAGAGAGGCGUGGAGGAGAACAAGAGACUGGCUUAUCUGAUAGACAUCAAGACUAUAGCAACAGUGGACCUUGUUGGUAACUACAGUGUUGGCACUGUCAGCCACGACAGCAAGAUUGAUUGGCUGGAGCUAAAUGAAACAGGCCACAAACUACUCUUCAGGGACAAGAAGAUGAGGUUGCAGCUGUAUGACAUUGGAAGCAGCACUAAGACUACCAUUUUGAACUAUUGCUCCUAUGUGCAAUGGGUCCCAGGCAGUGAUGUCGUGGUGGCUCAGAGCAGAAACAACCUCUGCAUUUGGUAUAACAUAGAUGCUCCUGAACGAGUCACCAUGUUUCCUCUAAAGGGAGAUGUUGUAAACUUGGAACGGAGUGAUGGAAAGACUGAAGUGAUUGUGUCUGAAGGGGUGAACACUGUGUCCUACACACUAGAUGAAGGUCUCAUAGAGUUUGGAACUGCCAUUGAUGAUGAGGAUUAUCACAGGGCUACUGCAUUUUUGGAGACGCUGGAAAUGUCAACAGAGACUGAAGCCAUGUGGAAGACCCUAAGCAAACUAGCUUUGGAAGCUAGACAGCUGCACAUAGCAGAGAGGUGCUUUGCAGCUCUGGGCAAUGUGGCAAAGGCUCGAUUUCUGCAUGAAACCAACACUAUUGCUGACCAGGCAGCUCAAGAGCAUGGUGGGGAUGGGACAGACCACUACCUGGUGCGUGCCCGCUUGGCCAUGCUAGACAAGAACUACAAGCUGGCAGAGAUGAUCUUCCUGGAACAGAAUGCCACAGAAGAAGCCAUGGACAUGUACCAGGAGCUGCACAUGUGGGAUGAAUGCAUUGUAGUCGCUGAGGCCAAGGGACACCCAAUGCUGGAUAAGCUACGUCGGGGUUACUACCAAUGGCUGCUGGAUACCCAACAGGAAGAGAAGGCUGGGGAGGUCCAGGAGGGACAGGGAGAUUAUCUGGCAGCUGUCAGCUUGUACCUGCGGGCAGGGCUGCCAGCUAAGGCAGCACGGCUGGCCAUGAACAGAGAUGAGCUCAUGACCAAUGGGGAUGUCAUCAAUAGGAUCUCCACAGCACUGAUCAGAGGAGAACUGUUUGAGCAGGCAGGAGAUCUGUUCGAGAAGGUUGGAAACGCACGGAAGGCUCUGGAGUGCUAUUGCAAGGGCAAUGCCUUCCUGAAAGCAGUGGAGCUGGCUCGCCUGGCAUUUCCUGCAGAAGUUGUGAAGCUGGAGGAGGCAUGGGGAGAUCAUCUGGUGCAGCAGAAACAGCUGGAUGCUGCCAUUAACCAUUAUAUCGAAGCCAGGUGCUCCAUUAAGGCCAUAGAGGCAGCUUUGGGUGCCCGGCAGUGGAAGAAAGCCAUCUACAUUUUGGACUUGCAGGACAGACAGACGGCAGUUAAAUAUUACCCCAAGAUUGCCCAGCACUAUGCAGCUCUGCAGGAGUAUCAGAUCGCAGAGGAGCUGUACAUCAAAGGAGACCAGACCAAAGAUGCCAUUGACAUGUACACACAGGCUGGGCUCUGGGAACAGGCUCACAAGCUGGCAAUCAAGUGUAUGAGCCAGGAAGAUGUGUCUGUUCUCUACAUAACCCAGGCCCAAGAGAUGGAGAAGCAUGGCAAGUACAAAGAAGCAGAGAGGCUGUACAUCACUGUGAAUGAACCUGAUUUGGCCAUCACUAUGUACAAGAAGUGUAAGAUGUAUGAUGAGAUGGUUCGCUUGGUAGCCAAGUACCACAAGGACUUACUUAGUGACACCCAUCUACACCUGGGCAAGGAGCUGGAGGUAGAGGGACGUUUACAGGAGGCUGAGUACCACUACCUAGAGGCUAAGGACUGGAAGGCCACAGUGAACAUGUACAGAGUGAAUGACAUGUGGGAGGAAGCCUACAGGGUGGCCAAGGCACAUGGUGGGGCAAACUCCUCUAAGCAAGUGGCCUAUAUGUGGGCAAAGAGCCUGGGUGGAGAGGCAGCUGUGAAACUCCUCAGUAAAUUUGGACUUCUGGAGAUGGCCAUUGACCAUGCAGCUGACAGUGGUGUCUUUGAAUUUGCUUUUGAACUGGCUCGCCUCUCCAUGAAGCAGAAGAUGCCAGAGAUCCACUUAAAAUAUGCCAUGUUCCUAGAAGAUGAGGGCAAAUUUGAAGAGGCUGAAGCAGAAUUUAUUAAAGCUGGAAAACCCAAGGAAGCAGUGCUAAUGUUUGUGCAUAACCAGAACUGGGAUGCUGCACAGCGUGUGGCUGAGGCUCAUGACCCAGACAGCGUGGCUGAUGUGCUUGUGGGACAGGCACGUUUUGCUUUUGAGCAUCGAGAGUUCCAGAAAGCAGAGGCCUUCCUCCUGCGAGCACAGAGACCUGAGCUGGCAAUAAAGUACUACAAGGAGGCUGACAUGUGGAGCGAAGCCCUGCGGAUCUGCAAGGAGUAUGUGCCUGGUCGGCUGGAGGAGUUGCAGAAGGAGUGUGGUAGGGAGGCUGCCAAGAAGGGCUCCGGAGGAACAGAAGGGCUGCUGGAGCAGGCACGGGAGUGGGAACAGGCAGGGGAAUAUGCCAGGGCAGUGGACUGCUAUCUGAAGGUGCAGGAUUCCAGCAACAGUGUCCUGAUGGAGAAAUGUUUGCUGAAGGCUGCUGAGUUGGCCAUUAAGUUCUUGAGUCAGUCACAGAGCAUGGAGGUCACACGGACGGUGGCUCCUCAGCUGGUGGCCAUGAAGAAAUACAGUUCGGCAGCAGAGCUCUACCUCAACAUGGACCUCAUCCGAGAAGCUAUUGAUGCUUUCAUUGAAGGGGAAGAAUGGAGCAAAGCCAAACGUGUGGCCAAGGAGUUGGACCCCAGGUCAGAGGAGUACGUGGACCAGCGUUACAAGGAGCAUUUAAAGAACCAAGGAAAGGUAGAUUCGUUGGUGGGAGUCGACGUCAUGGCUGCUUUGGAUAUGUAUGCAGAGCAGGAGCAAUGGGAGAAGUGUCUGGAGGUUGCAGCUAAGCAGAACUAUAAAGUCUUGCACAAGUAUGUAGCUCUGUAUGCAACUCACCUCAUCCGGGAGGGCAGCUGGGACAAGGCCCUGAGCCUGUAUGUACAGCAUGGAGCCCCUGUCAACCCACAGAACUUCAACAUUUACAAGCGUCUGUUUGUGGAGAUGGUGAAUGCACCUGGCAUGAACUGUGCUGAGGCAUACUCCAGCUGGGCUGACCUGCGUGAUGUCCUCUUCAGUCUGGUGAGCGUGGGCCACGGCCACCACUGCCUGUUAAAGUCUGAACUGCCCACUUCUCAUCCUGUACCUAUAUUCAGCAGCCCAGCCUCCUCACUUCAGCACUCUGCAGACCUGAAGCACUCAGAUCCAGACCUUUCCCAGUCCUUUGAGUGUGAAAAUUUAGUAAAGUCAAGUGAGGUGAACACUCCAGCACAUGCAGAGUUUGAGACUAUGCUGCUGCUAUCUCACUACUACGCCACCCGCUCCGCUGCUCAGGGUGUGAAACAACUGGACACUGUGGCUGCCAGGUUGUCCAUUUCUCUGCUGCGUCACAUUGAUCUCCUUCCUGCAGACAAAGCCUUCUAUGAAGCUGGGAUAGCAGCCAAGGCAGUCAACUGGGAGAAUAUGGCCUUCAUCUUCCUGAACCGCUUCCUGGACUUCUCAGAUGCCAUUGAAGAAGGGAACCUGGAUGCUCUGGACCACUCAGAUUUCCAAAGCACAGACAUUCCCUUUGAAGUGCCACUCCCAGCCCAUCAGCACGUGCCUGAGGAGAAGAGGGAGGAGGUCAGGGAUUGGGUGCUCACCAUGUCCAUGGACCAGAGGCUGGAGCAGGUGCUGCCGCAGGACGAGCGUGACACAUACGAAGCCUCCUUGGUGGCUGCAGGCACAGGGGUGCACUCCCUGCCCUGUGUGCUUACAGGGUACCCCGUGCUAAGGAACAAGAUUGAGUUCAAGCGGCCGGGCCGAGAAGCCAACAAGGACACGUGGAACAAGUUCCUGAUGGCUGUCAAGACAUCCCACAGCCCUGCAUGCCAAGACGUGCUCAAGUUCCUCAGCCAGUGGUGUGGGGGACUCCCAAGCACCAGCUUCUCCUUCCAGUGAGCCAACCAUCCUGUUCCUCAGCCCCCUCUGCUUCUACCCUCCAAUAAACACAUCUCAACCCUUCUGUGCUCCCGUUUGU